GUUCCCAUAGGUUGGCCCUCUCCAGGGGCACGAAUCCCCUUCCGUAGCCAUUUUGGCUCAAGCCGUUCUCAGUCUUGCCUCGGCCGCGCCCGCCUCGCGCUCUGCAGCUGAGAUUCGCUUGGGGAGAUGGCUACGGUCGGCUGCCAUGCCGCCCCCGAGGCGGCGGAGCAGCUCCGCGGCAUGGAGGCCCUCUCGCUGUGGCCCGCGCGGCGUGCGCGGCGGGCCGCGGCGAGGCAAGCGGCAGACGGGAGGCUGGCGGCUGCCUUUGCGCGCAUCGUGGAGCUGGAGGGCGAGCUACGUUGUGCGCGGGCGGCGGCCGCGGCUCCCGCGGUUCCUGCAGCUGCUGACUUCGAGGCCCGCGUCCUGCGCGAGGUCGAGCUGCGGUUGCGCUUAAUGGCGCCGUGCAUCAGCCACGGGGUCAGGGCCGCCAUGCACGAGGAGGAGCAGGGGUGCGAGGAGAGCCGAGGGGCCCCCCCUCCUGCUCCCAGCUCGCUGGACGUCGGCAGGCGCAACACGGCGGCCCACCACUUCCGAGUGCAGGCUGCCGACAUCGCCAAGAUGGGCCAGCAGGAGCUCAACGCGGUGCAGCGCGAGGCACGCAGGGCUGGCCCCCGCAGGUCUGCUCGGCGUACGCGGCGCGACCGCCCAGGAGGACAGCUACGGCAAGGGCGCGGCGCUGCUGGCCGCGGACGUGCUGAUCUUCCUCCUCGCACGGCUGGUGCUGCCCUUCUUCACCGCCGUGUGCCUGCCCAGCGCUCGGCGUCCGAGAGAGUGUCGACGGGCUGGGGCGUGGCCCGCAGGCGCGGGCGCAGCCUUCCCGCUGGCGCUCGCUUCGCGCUUGCUGAGCGCGUGUGCAGUGCUAGCCAGCCUCCCGUGGCCCCCUUGGCGUCUGGGGCGCUGCGGUGGCAAGCUGGCUUCGAGGAUGCGGUGGCUAGCGUGGUUUGCGGGAGCAGCGCGGUUGCCACCAGCGGCACGGACGUCGAGCGGGACACGCAGGAGGACGGCGGCCGAGUACAGGGACAGGACCGCGCUCCCAGCCCAUCUUCGACUUCUCCUCGCCUCGGCGGUUUCUACGGCGUCGCGCAGGAGCUCGGUGAGGAUGGAGGGGGUGCCGACGGCGUGGACGGCUUCGGCAGCGUGGACGGCGCCUCGGCCACGGCUGCUCCUGCGCGCGGGCCCGUGCGGCUCUUCGCGCUACGCCGCCACGUCUACGCGGCGACCGUGGCCCUCACGGUCGACCGCGACAUCCGGCGACCGGGCUGGCAGUGCGACGGCUGCGACGUCGACCCUCCGAUGCUGUCGGCUUCUGAGGCUGCCGCUGGCCGAGAGUGGCUCCGCUCCCAGUUCGGGCCUGGGCCCCCGCGGCGGGCUUGGGCGAGCAAGGAGCGGCGGCGGCGCCCUCCCGCCUGAGCGGGCCGCGCUGAGGGGCUCGGCAGUCGGCCCUCAGAUGUCGGCGCUUUCCCUCGGGCGUCUUGCGACUCUCUCACGCCUCGGCACUCGGGCGUGCGAGCGAGGCGUGCUGGCGCGCGGCAACGGUCUGUCGCCUCCUUGCCCGCCUGGAUCGGCUCGUGUCGCACGAGCUGCCUUGUGAGGCGGGGAGUGCCUUCGGUGGUCUGGGCCUUUUCAGGCUCGGCACGGGGUGGAUGGUGGCUCGCGCGGCCGCCUCACCUGACGGCGCACACCCACGUGGCGCGGCGAGUGUGCUGCAACUUGGAGGCCGCUGUUUGCGGAGCCUCCUGGCCGCAUUUUGCGGCUCUCGCCUUCUUGGCGGCAGGAUCGGCUCGUGCCGCACGAGCUGCCUUGCUCAUAAA